AUGACUUCUCUCGCCGCACGCACUAUCCGCUCCUCCAUCAUGUCUGUUGCAGAAUGCAAGCAUCUCCGUCCGCGACGAUUCGCGCCUCUCGAUCCGACGCGUGCGUCGGAUGCGCCAACGUUGAAGGGCAUCAUCUUUGACGUGGAUGGGACCUUGUGCCUACCGCAACACCACAUGUUCUCAGAAAUGAGGGAGGCGCUCGGAAUUGACAAUUCAAUCGACAUCCUCCACCAUAUUCGUGACCUUCCGACAGCCGAAGACCAAGCUGCCGCCGUUGCCAAAGUGCAAGCCGUCGAGCAGAAGGCCAUGCUGGAGCAACAGCCGCAGCCUGGUUUGGCUCGGCUAAUGGACUACCUGAAGUCGCGCAGUCUCCGACGGGGUCUCUGUACACGGAAUUUCGAAGCACCCGUGCAAUAUCUCAUUCAGAACCACAUGCCAAGCCAUGUAUUCCUGCCCAUAAUCACGCGGGAUACGCCGAAUGUCAUUCCUAAGCCUGAUCCGGCGGGUAUCCUGCAUAUUGCGCGGGAAUGGGGAUUGACAAAUCGCGCGGAGAAUCUGAUUAUGGUCGGAGAUAGCAUUGAUGAUAUGACAUCCGGUCAUAUGGCUGGCGCAGCAACAGUCUUGCUGGUCAAUGAACACAAUAGUCAUCUCCAAGAGCACGCUCACACCGAUCUUUGUAUCAACCAGCUGGAUGAAUUGGUUGAUAUCCUUGAAAGGGGAUUCGUCGGUACUCGGGAGCCAUAG